AUGGUAACUGUUAUAAAAGAAGGGAAGAAGGUACUUGUGAGGAUUAAGCAGAUAUGGACCAAAAGCUUAGCAAGGUACCUAGCCCACAGUAAAGGAAGUGAGAAAAAACCCAAACUAGCCCGCGCGCUGGAGCUUCUCGCUCUCGCUCUCGCUCGCCUGCCCACUCCCUUGCUAACUCGCGCUUUCGCUCGCGCUCUCCUCGCGGAUCGAAGGGGCUCUAGCCACAGCCUCUGGCUGGGAAGGGAGACAGAGGCGGCGGCUCAGGGGGAACGAGGCUGCAGUGGUGGUGGUGGGAAGGUGUCGGGCGAGGACGAGCAGCAGGAGCAAACUAUCGCCAAGGACCUGGUCGUGACCAAGUAUAAGAUGGGGGUUGACAUCGCCAACCAGGUACUUCGGUCUUUGGUGGAAGCAUCCUGCGCAGGUGUGUGGGUACUGAGCCUGUGUGAGAAAGGUGAUGCCAUGAUUAUGGAAGAGACAGGGAAAAUUUUCAAGAAAGAAAAAGAAAUGAAGAAAGGUAUUGCCUUUCCCACCAGCAUUUCAGUAAAUAAUUGUGUAUGUCACUUCUCUCCUUUGAAGAGCGACCAGGACUAUAUUCUCAAGGAAGGUGACUUGGUAAAAAUUGACUUUGGGGUCCAUUUGGAUGGAUUCAUCGCUAAUGUGGCUCACACUUUCGUGGUUGACGUAGCUCAGGGGACCCAAGUAACAGGGCGGAAAGCAGAUGUCAUUAAGGCAGCUCACCUUUGUGCUGAAGCUGCCCUACGCCUGGUCAAACCUGGAAACCACACACAAGUGACAGAAGCCUGGAACAAAGUUGCCCACUCGUUUAAUUGCACACCAAUAGAAGGUAUGUUGUCCCAUCAAUUGAAGCAGCAUGUCAUCGAUGGAGAGAAAACCAUUAUCCAGAAUCCCACAGACGAGCAGAAGAAGGACCAUGAAAAAGCUGAAUUUGAGGUACAUGAAGUAUAUGCUGUGGAUGUUCUUGUCAGCUCAGGAGAGGGCAAGGCCAAGGAUGCAGGGCAGAGAACCACCAUUUACAAAAUGGACCCUUCUAAACAGUAUGGCCUGAAAAUGAAAACUUCGCGUGCCUUCUUCAGUGAGGUUGAAAGGCGUUUUGAUGCCAUGCCAUUUACUUUAAGAGCAUGUGAAGAUGAGAAGAAGGCCCGGAUGGAUGUGGUGGAGUAUGCCAAACAUGAACUGCUGCAGUCAUUUAAUGUUCUCUAUGAGAAGGAGGGUGAAUUUGUUGCCCAGUUUAAAUUUACAGUCCUGCUCAUGCCCAAUGGCCCCAUGCGGAUAACCAGUGAUCCCUUUGAACCUGACCUCUACAAGUUUGAGAUGGGGGUCCAGGAUGCAGAGCUAAAGGCCCUCCUCCAGAGUUCUGCAAGUCAGAAAACCCAGAAAAAGAAAAAAAAAGAAGGCCUCCAAGACUGCAGAGAAUGCCACCAGUGGGGAAACAUUAAAGAGAAUGAAGCUGGGGACUGAGGUGGGUCCCAUCUCCCCAGCUUGCUGCUCCUGCCUCAUCCCCCUCCCACCACACCCCAGGCUCUGUGAAGUGCAGUUUGUCUUCUCCACCCAGGACCGCCAACAGAGCAGGGUCUCCCUGACCCCAUCCCUGUCCCCACCCAAUCC